GGUACCGCCCCACCCUUUGCACCAACAAGUGCUUAUGAAUCGGGAGCCGAUAGUGACUGAAAAGCUCGAGCAACACUUAGUAUGGGGAGGAGGCAGGGUGUUUCUGAAGCCUGUCAGCAAGUUUUUGUUUACGAGGGAGUUUUGGACAAGGGAGUUGACAUGUAAAGGCGAGGGGGGCUGUCGAGGAGCAGUGGUGGCGCUGAGUGAUGGGGAACGGGAAAGAGACCGGGAAGCAAACGACAAAGCACAAAAGAAGGAUGACGCGGGGGUAUGCAAACGAUGCGAAAGCCGGCAAGCAGCGCUUGGGUUUUUGUUCAGUUAUGUUGGUCUGGUGCAAAGGGAGAGCGACUUUGAUCUCGCCACUGUCAAGGGCCUCCUCCCGCGCGAAGUAACCUGGGAUCAAUGGCGUCUCUUCGUGGACGAGCUGCUCGCCUCGCCAGACGCGAUAUACAAGAACAUCGCCAUUCGGUUCAUCUACGGCGAAUUACGACUGAACCGACUUAACCUCAUUUACAUGUUCACGCGGGGGCCUUUGUCGCUGGGGUUCAUGGCUAUAUGGACUUCGUACAGGCAGUUUGUCGUGCAAAACGGCGCGUGGGUUAUAGGCGGGACGGCGUGGAUUGUGGUGGUUCUGUCGGGGAUGCAGGUCGGGUUGGAUACCGCACUUGGGGAAGAGGAGGCAUUUAAGAGGGCGAGUUAUGGGUUUGCGGUGUUUUCGAUCUUGGGGCCGAUUAGUGCCAUGGUGCUGAUUUUUACGUACAUGGUGGUGUUGUUUGUGUGGAAUUUGGUGAGGACGAGGAGGUUUGAAGUCCAGAGGAGCCAGAGGCUCGGAAGGACCUGGAGUGGGUUGCAUCUGGAGACCGGGAGGUCGGGGACGGGGACGGGGAUGGAGACGCUGAGGAGAGGGAGGACGGGGGACAUGGAGGUGUGAGGGAGUAAGUGGUUGGGCUGAUGGAUGUACAAGAUGGAAUCCCGCGUCAGCGGGUUGAUUGUCUUAGUGCUGAAGAUCCCGAUGGCUCGGGCGGUGCGACGGAGACAGAGUGUUAGUGGUAAUUCACCAUCUGUUUACCUUGCCCAUUUUUACAGUUUCUGUUAACUGCCUAUUUGUCACUUGUGGCUCUACCUGCAGUGCUGGGAACCAACGGAUACUAAACGGCUUUGAACAAAUAACUUCAAAGCACGCGCGUCGAGACUGCUUUUCCCUUACACGUGUUCAAUUGUCCAACUUCGUCAUUAGAAGUAUUUCUCACGCGGCAAGACGGAUAAUGUAAUCGUUACACUACAAUCGUAGAGCCAUGUCGAAAUCCUCCGACACGUGACUCUUGGACCAGAACUUCUCGUAGCCAUCUUCAUCCUCGUACGAGACUUGCUGGAUGGCAGACCAACGAAGAAUGGCGUUGUAACCAACGA